AUGUGCCUCUGCAAUGCCUCACAACUCGAUUCUCUUAGCUUGUCUGGAAAUAAAUUAAGUGGCAGCAUACCCGCUUGCCUACUUAUAAACCUUCAGGAGAUCGAUCUGAGUUGUAACAACAUCAGCGGCAGCAUACCCCUAUUCCCUCUUAAAAGGAUUGUAGCGCUCCAUCUUAGCCAAAACAAAAUCAACGGUAGCAUUGCAGAUAUUUUUCCUAGGUAUUCUGGGCUAUAUUAUUUGGAUGUUAGCAAUAAUGCUUUAGAAGGGAAGAUCCCAAGGUCCCUUGCACAUUGCAAGGAGUUGGGGUACAUGAAUGUUGGCAACAACAUGAUGAGUGACACUUUUCCAUGCAUGCUAUCGAGCCAUAGUGUUCUUGUUUUGCACUCCAAUAAAUUCCAUGGGGAAGUAAUAUGUCACAUCAAUUGGCCCAAACUCAAAAUUCUGGAUAUAUCUUCAAAUCAAUUUAGUGGAAGUCUAGAAUCAAUCAACUUCUCUAGCUGGACGGCUAUGAUGCUACCGAGUGAUGGAAAAUUGAGAGGCAACAUUAGCUACAUGUUUGGGAACUCUGGCAUGACAUUAAUCAUCAAAGGGCAAAUAGAAGAGCUUCACAAGAUAUGGUUGACUAAUCUCGAAUCACUCGACCUCUCUGUAAACCAGCUAGCCGGGCCGAUCCCAGAGGAGCUUGGAGGGCUCACAUUCCUUUCAAAAUUAAAUCUCUCCUACAAUAAGUUUGUUGGAGCAAUCCCAAAAGGGCGGCAAAUUCAAACAUUCUCAGGUGAUUCAUUUGAAGGAAAUUCGGGGCUAUGCGGUUUCCCUCUCGACAUAAACUGCAGUAAUACUAAUGUACCACCACCGGGAUAUGAUGAUAAUGGGGAAGAGAAGAGGGGGAUAGAGUGGGAAUAUGUGUGUGCUGCAGUUGGAUACGUUGUGGGAGCAGGAAGCAUGAGAAGAGGUUGUUGA